CUGUGUAUGUGUGCGCAUGUGUGUGUGUAUGUAUGUGUAUGUAUAUAUGUGUUCGUGUGUAUGUGUGCGCAUGUGUGUGUGUGCACGCCUGUGUUUGUGUGUGUAUGUGCGUGUGUGUGUGUCUGCGUGUGUGUGUGUGUGUGUGUGUUUGUAUUUUUCAGGUGUUCUGAGCCAGACGGGAUGGGGAGUGACUUACACCCCUGAGAGAAUCUGUGCCUUAACGGGGUCUUCAGUAGACAUGAGCUGCACUUACUCAUAUCCCACAUCUCGCACAGUACAGAAAAAAUUCUGGUUUAUUCACUGGAACGAGUCGCAGGAGCCUGAGGACCUGUCCCAGGACCCAGAGUACUCUCACCGUGUGGAGUACCUGGGGAAUCAGAACAGUGACUGCACUUUCAGAAUAAAACACCUGAGAGAAACUGAUUCAGGAACAUACCAAUUAAGGUUUCUGACUGACUGUGAUCGUGGAAAAUAUACUGGAGUUCCUGGUGUCACAUUGGAAGUCACUGAUCUACAGGUGAUGGUGAAUCCUAAAUCAGUGACAGAGGGACAGAGUAUGAGUCUGACCUGUAGCACCACCUGCACUCUGACUGGCAGCCCAGCCUUCAUCUGGUACAGGGAUGGAUUUCCUCUGUCCUUCACUGAUCAGAGUCACCAGUUCACAGCCAGCAGUGAAGAUGCAGGCAGAUACUCUUGUGCUGUGAAAGGCUAUGAGCUUCAUUCCCCUGCAGUGGCUCUUAAUGUGAGAUAUCCUCCGAAGAGCGUCUCAGUAUCAGUGAGCCCCUCUGGUGAAAUAGUGGAGGGCAGUUCAGUGACUCUGAACUGCAGCAGUGAUGCCAACCCACCAGUGCAGAACUACACCUGGUUUAAGAAGAAUGAAACUGGAGUCUGGCAGGCAUGAUCUGGACAGAGUUUGAACUUUUCUAUUUUUAGAUCCUGGAACAGAGGACAGUACUACUGUGAGGCACAGAACAGACUUGGAGCUCAGAAUGCUUCUGCUCUACUGGUCUUAAUACAAGUCUUGCAGACGGGAUCAGAACGGAUUGUGAGCUUUUCCAACUUUACAUCCUGGAGCUUUGGACAGUACUACUGCGUGGCACUGAACACACAUGGAGAUCAGACCUCUGCUGGCAUGUCAAUCAAUAGACACACAGAAGAUAAGACAGCGCUUGUAUGGAGGGUUGUUGGAAUCACAGUGGCUUUUGCACUCUUUACUGUCAUGGUGUGCACAAGCAGGAAGAAGAGCACCAACAGAGAGAGAGGGAGGAGCAGACGCUCUCGUACUAGCAGAGCCUUCAGAGAGUGACAAACGCAGCCAGCGACACAAACUCUGUGCUUCAGAGAGCAGAUGAGGCCUCAGUGUGGGAUUAAAACACACAGAGGAGAGAAUCUGCAGAGAAUGAGAAAUGGUGGAGAUCAGGGUGAAAGAGUCUCUUUUUGUCUUUAACAUUACAGAACUGCUGUCUGUUUCUGCUAGCUUAUCCAUUUUAUGAAGAGCUGUUGGUGGAGGAUUUUUCCCAAAGUACUGUAACCCUGCUGCAACAUGCAUGUUCAUGUAACCCUGCUGCAACAUGCAUGUUCAUGUAACCCUGCUGCAACAUGCAUGUUCAUGUAACCCUGCUGCAUACAUGCUCCAGUGACACCAUUACACGUUUAUAUAACCUAGUUACACACACGCUCAUAACUCAUGUACAUGCGCAUAUAUUCUCUCACAUUGAAUGGGAAGAUUAUAAUGCAGAUUAAUGUAGAUUAUAUUCUCCAAACUCAAAUCACUUUUAAAGGCAAGUCACUUUAAAGGCAAAAAAGUUUUAGUUUCACGUUUUACAUUGCCUUGUUGUAUUGAGCCCAUAUUUACUGUUUCUGUCUGUUUAACUAUUUGAAAUAAUGCAUCUUUUUAGUUGUUUUCUUUACAUACAUUGUAUUAUUUUGUGUAUUACUGUAUUACGGUUUAUUUGAGCAUUUUAAAGCACUCAAACCUCUGUUCUGAAAAAUAUUAUCAUUAUUUUCUACAUAUGGCCAUUAUGUUUUGCCUGCAUACCCCCCCACCCCAAAAAAAAUAA